GGCUAAUAUACAAUCUCUAUGACCCGGAACGUGCCAUAUAUGUAACUGCGAAUUCCACUCCGACAUAAGAUACACACUUGGUCCUAGAACAUAGCGAAACAGAGAGGAACGCCAAUAGCGUUCCUAGUUCCCUUAAAGAGCCGAAACCAAACAAGAACAUGCGUCUCCUCCUCGUGCUCUCCGCAGCUCUCUCAAUUCUCGCCUAUCCUGCACCCGAUACGAAUUCAGAUGCAUACUAUGACUCUCUCAACAAACGUGAGAAUCUAUGCAACUUGAAAUCUCCACCUGUCAUCUGCCAGCCCAACUCCUCCGUCACGGUCGCCGAGACAGCCAAGCGAGCAUAUCAGUUCUACCGCGCAUUCAUUGUGGAUGGAGAUCCCAGGACGAUGUUUUCGUUGAUUGAUAAUGUGUAUCAACAACACCAUCCAGGAUAUGCGUCCGGCCCUCAAGCCAUCUGGAGUCUCUUUUGUAGUGGGAACAAGAUCGGAACUGAGAAGAAUACCGCCCACUGUUUUGAUGCGAGCACGAAUAUGUCGUAUGCGCAGUACUCGACCACUGAUCGCUGGCGUUGGGUUGGAGGGUGUGUGCAUGAACAUUGGGAUCAAGGAGAGAAAAUUCCGUCUAAGGAUAAGUGCUAUGUUUCGAAUGCGACUUUGACGUGA